CAACCCAAUGGCACCACUUGUGCAGUGCACACUCUGGCACACUUUCACAUUGUUGUUUGACCAACCUGCCCUUCAAUUUCAUAUGGAAAAACGAUAACAGGUGUAGUACUAGGCUAUAUAAUCCACAAACACGGACAGGGUUUUUCGCAAGGAUUUCCCAGCCUAAGAACCAGCUCCUGGAACAAGCUUCCUGACUGUCAAAAAUGGAGGCUGCGCGUAGCUACUUCUUCGUCGCCGCGGUUGCCGUCGUCCUUAUUGCGCUUCUCCCGGCCAGCGCCAUAGCCGCCGGCCUCAAGGUCGGCUUCUACAACAAGUCAUGCCCGUCGGCGGAGGCCCUGGUGCAGCAGGCGGUGGCUGCCGCCUUCAAGAACGACAGCGGCAUCGCCGCCGGCCUCAUCCGCCUGCACUUCCAUGACUGCUUCGUCAGGGGCUGCGACGGCUCGGUGCUGAUCGACUCGACGGCGAACAACACGGCGGAGAAGGACGCGCCCCCGAACAACCCGAGCCUUCGUGGCUUCGAGGUCAUCGACGCCGCCAAGGCGGCGAUCGAGGCGCAGUGCCCCAAGACGGUCUCGUGCGCCGACAUCCUGGCGUUCGCGGCGCGGGACAGCGUCGCGCUGUCGUCGUCGUCGGCGUCGGGGAGCGGCAAGAACCUGACGUACAAGGUCCCCGCGGGGCGGCGCGACGGGCGGGUGUCGAGGGACACGGACGCCAACAGCAACCUCCCCUCGCCGCUCUCCACCGCCGCCGAGCUCGUCGGCAACUUCACGCGCAAGAACCUCACCGCCGAGGACAUGGUGGUGCUCUCCGGCGCGCACACCGUCGGCCGCUCCCACUGCUCCUCCUUCACCAACCGCCUCUACGGCUUCAGCAACGGCAGCGACGUCGACCCGGCCAUCAGCUCCGCCUACGCCUUCCUGCUCAGGAGCAUCUGCCCCUCCAACACCACCCGCUUCUUCCCCCCCAACACCACCACGGACAUGGACCUCAUCACGCCCGCCGUGCUCGACAACAAGUACUACGUGGGGCUCACCAACAACCUCGGGCUCUUCACGUCGGACCAGGCGCUGCUCACCAACGCCACGCUCAAGAAGUCCGUCGAUGAGUUCGUCAAGAGCGACAGCAAGUGGAAGAGCAAGUUCGCCAAGUCCAUGGUCAAGAUGGGCAACAUCGAGGUGCUCACGGGCACGCAGGGGGAGAUCAGGCUCAGCUGCAGGGUCAUCAACAACGGCGCCGGCAGCAGCAGCAGCAGCGCUGGAUUAUUCGAGCUUCAAAUGACAACCGACAACUCUGCUCAGGAGGAAUCAGCAGCGAACUAGCAGGUAGGUAGUACCAGCUAUCUGUAGAGGAUCUAGUGAUCCACUACUACUGCUGCUGCUGUCUGCAUAGCCAGUGACGAUGUUCUUCAGCACUGCGAUGAUGAGUUCUACCAUGUCACCUACUGCUCUUGACCUGCAGAAAUGAAAUAAACAUCUUCUGAACAUAUAAAUUUAAAACAUGGGGCAAUUCCUUUUUCUGCU